AUGAAUGUUAUUCGUAGGAAGGCAAAGUAAGUUUUUUUUAUUAUUCUAAAAGUAUCAUAAAACCUUUUUUGAAUAAAAAGCAACGUUUUAAAUCGAUAUUUUUUGUAAUAAUUUUUGUAUUUUUACUUUUUAUUCUCAUCCACCCUUUAUAAACCGUUGCUCAAUGUUGUAGAAUGACUAUAAAAUUUCAUUUCUUGUCCUUGUGUAAUAUGUAAGGAACUAAUUGUGUAAUAUGUAAGGAACAUCCAUGUAGUUUGCUUUGUUGAGAAACAAAUAUUUUACUUUAUAAGUUUUUGAGAGACUUAUAAAGUAAAAUAUGAGAUAGUAAAUAUCAUUCCGGAGUAAACAGUUCAUCUCUUUGUUUUUGGGUUAUAAAAACAAAACGUUCAAUUUGAUGAUAACCUCAAGUAGGAGGCAAUCCUAUUGUAUAGUAAAUUCUUAGUAUAGUGAAACCUCUUUUCAUAGUGUGACAGCCUGGUUAGAAAGACAGCCAUAUCCUUAAUGGUCUUACUAAAGAAGUUUUACUUCAGUACAUGUUGAACAUAUUGGGUAUAAAAUGUCUAAAGUCAUCGGUUUUAAAACAAAAUAUUCAAAUUCAGUGAUGGCUUCGAAAGUCUCAAUUUUACAUUUUUUUUCAAAUAGGCAGUUGUUUUCUGACUUUUUAAACAGUUUGUAACAUGUUUUAACAUGAAACGAGUGAUUUACUUUUAGGGAAUUUGGGUUAUGACCGAAUCGUUUUAUCCCUUGCGCAAUUCUGCAACGGAAGCGAUUCGAAAUAAUUUUCGGAUUUUUUUGUUUUCAAGUGAAAGUUUGCAACAAACUUUUUUCAAAAUUUGUUUUUAAAUGUUUUCCCUAUUUACUAAAUUUUUUUUUAAUUUUUGAAAAUUCGUGGAUACAUUUUUAAAGAUAGGUAACCAAAGGCUGUUAUAGGCCUAAAAACCUUAAAAAACAAAAUGUAUUAUUUUUUUUCGUAUGAUUAAGUUGUAUAAAAACUAAUAAGCUGUGUCUCAUACCUCGCGUAGAAUUCAGUAGCUCAUUACUUUCUAUACAACCUAAGAAAUACAUUAUUUUUCAGAUUUUGCUACAUGUAUCGUACCUCAUGCUCCACUGUGGUUAAAGUAGUAAGUCUAUUUUCUUUAAGAACUGUAAAGCCUUUUGGGUAAAGUUUUUUAUCAGUUAGUAUCAAGCUUUUUUAAAAUGAACAUUAGUUUAAGUUUGUACAUGUGCUAUGUAAUUAAAUUUAUUGCUUCUACACGUGCAAUAUGACUUUUUCAGAUAGCCUUAACAUCAUGCUUCCUCUUGUUUUACUCCUUCAUUGCUGGUAUAUCCUUAUUCUCUUCAAACAAUGACAGUUACGAAGCAUACCUAAAUGUAGAUGGUCCUUAUCAAAAUGACGAAAAGGUGCCAAAUAAUAAGGUUGAAAGUGUCCAGUCAGUUUUAAAAAGACAUGAACGAUACGAUGUACACGAUGGAAAUGUGCCUGUAGCUAAAAAUUUGAAAGAUAUUGGUAAUGACUUGGAUGUUGAUGAAGAUGAGGAAGAUGAUAGUGGUGGUAGGAAAGAGAUUCAACUUAAAGAUGGUUUUGAUAUUAAAGAUGAUAAACAGAAGAAUAAUAAGGUAGAAGUUAUACCAUCAACCUAUCCAAACGCCACUCUAAGGCGUCAAAACAUGGCCAAAUGCAACCCAAUUCACGGUAAAAUCGCUGUCUUUGUAGCCUAUCGUAAAGAAGAAUACGACCAAAAAUAUAAGAUUGCUCAAGAGACAAUCAGAUGCUACAUCAAGUCAACUGAUUACCAAUUACAUUUGGUUGACAUGUUCAAUGACCCAGAGGUUAACUAUUACUGUAAUCAUACCGAAGUCUUCUUCAGAAAACAUUGUGCAGCUGCUGUUUAUCUAAAGAAGAGUGAUUGGAUGUUGGUACUGGAUGCUGAUACGGCUGUGGUUAACCCUAAUCAUUGUAUUGAAGAGUACAUUGAUGACAGAGUGGAUUUGUUGUUUUAUGAACGGUAUUUCAAUUGGGAGAUCAUGAGCGGCAAUUAUUUAGUGAGUUAUGGUUUAUAAAAAAAACGAAAAAUCAUUAGAAAUUCUACCCCUACGGCCAAAAAAUUUUUAACCUAUAAUAGAGACUAAAAUUGACCAUAGGCACUAACGAAAAAUAUGAUAAUAUUCUUUUUUUUGUAAAAUAUGUCAUAAAAUACGUUAUUCUCCGCCAUAUAUGUCACUUUAUUAAAAUUUAUGAACAGUGUAAAAUACGAUGCAUAGUAAUUGGCCUCUGUUUUUAGGUAAGAAACACUGAUUUUGGCCGUGAUUUCCUGAUGAAAUGGGCAAACUUUGAAUAUACAAAGCCUAACAGUUGGAAUGGAGCUGAUAACGGAGUUUUACAGGUGAGAUAAUAUGUAAAACACAGUUAAUACAGCUUAUUUCAUAGUUUUGUUAUUCUCCAUAAAAACUGUUUUACCGUUAAAAUUUUUUUUCAAAAACAAUUUCAGAUCCACAUAAUGCACACAGUCUUACCAAACUCGGUAAAUGAAAAGAACACAUGUUACAAACUGUGGACUAAUGCCACUUCUUAUGAUACGUACCUUGCUUACGUAACCUGUGUAAAAGUGAAUCUAGGAGCUCAACGAUUAUACCCUGGCAAGCUGAGGAUAUUGAGAAGAGGUCAUGGGUUCGCAAGAGAUGGAUUCUUGGCUUAUGAUUCAUACUGUGAACACGACUUCAUGUUUCAUGGUUAUAAACAAAAUGAAAUUGGAGAGAAAAAGUGGGAAAGCCCCUUUGAGGUAAGGUUUUCGGAGGCAUAGGCUGAUGGAAGUGGGAGAAAAGUGAUUUCAAAUAAUUGUGUGCCUCUGAGCCCAAAAAUUUGCUUUGAGAGAAAGGCACAGAAUUAUUUGAACAACCCAAUAUUAAAAAAUUAAAGUUUUCAUUUUUAAAAUUUCCAGACCCCAGUAGACCUCUCCAAGUGCAACAACUCAUUUGAUGGUUGGAAUUGGAGAAAGAAGAAACAACUAUCUUGUCCCAAGAUCCAGAAGAUUAUAGCUUCGUUCGAGCGACAUACUGCCAAAAACUACCCAAAAGAAGGUCAAGUAUUCCCACAUUUAGCUCUGCCGGAUGUUGGAGAAUGUUGGCCAAACUGCGAACACGACUAA